GCAGACCGGCUUGUGCGGUUGCGACUCACCAGCCUGACACACGUGUUUUGCGAUGCGUUGCAAAAACAACGUUUUUCAUUAAAAAUGGCAAUGAUUUUGAUAUCAUUAGUGUGCUUAGCGUUGGUUCAGGCGGACGCGCACAACGUGGACACUGAUCAUCCUCUGGUGUUAAAAUCUCCAGACCAAAACGAGAACUAUUUUGGGUUCAGCGUUGCCCUUGUUCGAGCCAAUUCAAAUGCGACCAAGAAAUAUCCGCCUUGGUUGUUGGUGGGAGCUCCAAAAGUCGAUGGCCACAAUUACAAAUGCGGGCUAGUAAAAAAUGAAGCGUGCCGAAAAAUUUCAGUCACUCCAAAAUAUAAAUCACUGAACGAUGGAAAAACUAUAUAUCACCGCAAGGACAGUCUGUCUGGAAGCGCUGUAGAUGCCAAUUUGGAUGAAUAUAUUACAUGUAGUCCACAUUUGCGAGCAUCAGAGGGUGGCGUGCUGCGAAUGCAUGGCGUUUGCACCUGGGGCGCUAUAAGUGACUUCAAUUUUUCCAAAAUCGUGGAGCCUCUUGCCAAUAAAAAUCGUGCAUUAACUGAACGAAAAGUAAGGGUACAAGGACAGGGUGCGAUCAAGAACUACAUUUAUGGGCAGGCUGGAUUCUCGGUCAAAAUUUUAAAUUCGACCAAGGCUGAGGUGCAUUUUGUCAUUGGCGCGCCAAACGUUUGUGAAGGAAAAGGCUCCGUGGCCAGAUAUAGCCUGACCAAAGCAGGCGGCGCAGCAGGAAAUUUGAUAGUCCUUAAUGUAACUGAUGUUGUGGACUUCUACUCGGGUGAACGACUUAACAUUGGCUACUCAGUCACAUUUGGAAGAUAUUUUUCCAAAUCCAAAACUUUGUACGCGUCCGGUGGUCCAGGUUACAAUACCAAGGGCAGCGUUUUAAUCUUCGACUUCCCCGGCACAGAUGGGAUUCUGCGAAAAACUCAACUUUUGGAAGGUCAAGCGGUGGGUGAAAAUUUCGGCGCCGCUUUAGCGUCCGGCGACAUCAACGGCGACGGCACCGACGAGCUGAUCGUUGCGGCGCCUAUUUUUUCCAGGGCCGGAGAAGGAUUUUCUGGGAUUGAUGAAGGCAAAGUCGUCAUAUAUUCAAAGGACUCGGCGAGGUCCUUGGGCCAGAAACACGUGAUAGUCGGAAACGCAACAGGUGGUCGUUUCGGGACCGCCGUCGCUUUUCUCGGCGACUUAAACCGCGAUAAAUUCGGAGAUUUUGCAAUUGCUGCUCCGUACGAAGACGGCGGGGUAGUUUAUCUCUACUAUGGAAACCUGAGAGGUUUUACGGGUCCAUUGAAAAUCGAGGGUUUGCAAUUCGAGCCGCGAAUUUCUGGAUUUGGAUACUCGAUUUCGCGAGGCGUUGAUGUUGACAAUAACGGUUAUUUAGAUUUCGCAGUUGGUGCUUACAAAUCAGGGCAUACAGUUUUGAUCAGAACGAAACCUGUCAUCCAGGUGAAGCAAACCAUCGAGCAAGAGGAAAAUCUGCUGACUUUCAACAGCACCAACUUCACUAUUUUAAGUUGUGCGCGUUACAUCGGUCACCGAAUAGAAAAAUCGAGAGUUUUGAUCAGGACUUUGGAAUUGGGAUUUGCCACAAGGCGGAUUUAUUUUGACAAACCAGAGUUCAGCGGACGGUCCACUUUCCAAGAAAGCGAAAUAUUCAAGAAAAAUCAAACACGCUGCCACAAACUCACGUUUUUCAUAUACGAAAACAUGACGGAUUUUGAGUCACCAAUAAGGUUUAGAAUUGAAUAUUCUUUGCCACAAAAAGCUCAAGUGGAUGGUUCAAAGGAAACAGCUCUAGCAAAAAUUCCGGCAAUUUUGAAAAUGCCUUCGAUUCGAGUGGCCGAGAUUAAUUUCGCGCCGAUUUGCAGCGAAAAUGAAGACUGUAUAGCGGACCUGCACAUUGAAUUGCGGUUUUACAACGAGGAAGGGAAGGAACUCAAAUACUUCCCCAUUGGUUUGGAAAGCGAUUUGGUUGUGCAAAUUACGCUUAUAAAUUAUGGAAUGCCAGCAAGAGGUGCAAAAAUUACAAUAGAUUACCCUUCGUAUCUGCACCUUCUGAAUGACAACGGGUGCCUUGAUUUGGACUUUGAAGAAGAAGAUGCCGAAAGGAGCCUGGAAUGCUCUGUAGUCACUCCAUUGCUCGCAAACAGAACACAAAUCUUAAACUUGAAAAUAGAAUCAAACGAACUGAUUUCAACAAAAGAUUUGAGUUUUUCGGCUAAGGUAAAAUGCAAGAAUGGGUUGAAAAAUUCCUCGACAACGGUUACUCAGAAAGAGAUCAGAGUUUUAACUGAAGCUGCAGUGACGAUUUCCGGAAAACCGACGGACGAAGCGGUUCAAUUUGACCUUUCCAAGGAGCCGCAUUUCGACCUUAGAUUUCACGUUGAAAAAGACGGACUUAGUCGAAUUGAGGAGGUUGAAGUGAACAUCACCAUCCCAUAUGCUCUGGCAAGAGGGAAGAAAUUUUUGGAUUGGACGAUCCAACCGUCGUCUGGCGCAUGUGAAAAUUUAAUUUCCAAAGAGCUAGAAGAGGAAAGUUCGAAUACCACCAGUGUAGACGAGGUUGAUGACGAACAUGAGGAGGACGAUGAACACCCCCGAAAGAAAAGAGAGCUGCACCAAGUGGACCAAAAUUAUCCAGCAAACAGGACGUUCAGUGUCAAUUGCUCGUCUCACUUGUGGAAGUGCGUCAAACUGACCUGCAGGGUUGGCCCGUUCGAGGACAAUGACAACCUUGUGGAGAUCAAGCUUGACAUGACCGCCGAUUUUCACGUUUUGAGAAAGUAUUUGGGAGCUAAGGACAUAGUCCAACUCAAGUCGGAGGCGCUAGUUGGAAUAACGAAGCCUGCUAAUGUUAUCAGCCCUUCAAAAAGGAGGCCUCAGAGUGCACAGCCAAUGGUGACAUUGAUUCGGACGGUUAAGAAGUUCGACUUCUUGUAUGACCCUACUGUCAUUAUGAUAUCCUCAGUGACUGGAAUUCUAUUGUUGUUAAUGAUGGUGCUGGGCCUCUCCAAGGUUGGAUUUUUUACGAGAAAAGACAAAGAGGCUCUGGAGAAGAUGAUGAAAAUGAAGCGCCCCCCCAUCGCCUCUUUGAAAGAUUUGAAAAUAAUGUACAACAGAUGCGAGGAAUGACGACAUUGGUGAACUUUUCAUUGUGAUAUUAUAAUACUAUUACUGUUAGAAUUGUUACCUAAUUUUUAGCGUGAAAUAAAGCUUUGUUUUGCACUCGAAAGUCGCUCAUUUUUAUUUUUCGUUCAACAAAUGUAAAGUCAGUCGCGCGCAGAUCAAUGAAAAGUUGAAAUUGGAAAUGUUCGCACUGACCUUACGCUGGCAAAUGAGCAUCCUACUUUUGAGUGGUUGAUGGGAGUAAUGAAAGUGCCUGCACCGACGAGUAUGGUACUUUGGGUCCAACAAAUCAAUCCUCCAAGAAGAAAUACUGCCCUGCUCUCUUU